AUGGCAGAAACGACUUCUCCUCUGAAGCACUUUGUGCUGGCUAAGAAGGCAAUUACUUCAAUCUUUGGUCAAUUACUGGAGUUUGUUACAGAAGGAUCACAUUUUGUUGAAGCAACAUACAGAAAUCCAGAAUUUGACCAAAUAGCCACUGAGGAUGAUGUGAUUGAAAUACAGGCAUAUAAAAAUAAGCUGUCUGUCAUUGGUGAGGUGCUGUCUCGGAGGCAUAUGAAAGUGGCAUUUUUUGGCAGGACAAGCAGUGGGAAGAGUUCUGUAAUCAAUGCAAUGUUGUGGGAUAAAGUUCUCCCUAGUGGAAUUGGCCAUACAACCAACUGCUUUUUGAGUGUUGAAGGAACUGAUGGAGAUAAAGCUUUUCUUAUGACGGAAGGAUCAGAUGAAAAAAGGAGUGUGAAGACAGUUAAUCAGCUGGCCCAUGCCCUUCAUAUGGACAAAGACUUGAAAGCUGGCUGUCUUGUGCAUGUGUUUUGGCCAAAGGCAAAAUGUGCUCUCUUGAGAGAUGACUUGGUUUUAGUAGACAGUCCAGGCACAGAUGUCACUACAGAGUUGGAUAGCUGGAUUGAUAAAUUUUGCUUAGAUGCUGAUGUCUUCGUUUUGGUUGCAAACUCUGAAUCAACACUAAUGAAUACGGAAAAGCAUUUUUUUCACAAAGUAAAUGAGCGCCUUUCCAAGCCCAAUAUUUUCAUUUUGAAUAAUCGUUGGGAUGCCUCUGCAUCAGAGCCAGAAUAUAUGGAAGAUGUACGCAGACAGCACAUGGAAAGAUGCCUGCAUUUCUUAGUGGAGGAGCUGAAAGUUGUGGAUCAUAUAGAAGCAAGGAACCGUAUCUUCUUUGUUUCAGCAAAGGAAGUUCUUAGUGCUAGAAAGCACAAAGCACAGGGGAUGCCAGAGGGUGGUGGAGCCCUUGCUGAAGGAUUUCAGGCAAGAUUACAGGAGUUUCAGAAUUUUGAACAAACUUUUGAGGAGUGUAUCUCGCAGUCAGCAGUGAAAACAAAGUUUGAGCAGCACACUAUCAGAGCUAAACAGAUACUAGAAACUGUGAAAAAUAUAAUGGAUUCAAUAAACGUGGCAGCAGCCGAGAAAAGAGUAUAUUCAAUGGAAGAGAGGGAAGACCAGAUUGAUAGAUUGGACUUUACUCGAAACCAGAUGAACCUCUUAACAUUGGAUGUCAAGAAGAAAAUCAAGGAGGUUACAGAAGAAGUAGCAAACAAGGUUUCAUGUGCAAUGACUGAUGAAAUUUGUCGACUCUCUACUUUGGUUGAUGAAUUUUGUUCUGAGUUUCAUCCUACUCCAAGUGUAUUAAAAGUCUAUAAAAGUAAGUUAAAUAAACACAUAGAAGAUGGUAUGGGAAGGAAUCUGGCUGAUCGGUGCACCAAUGAAGUCAAUGCCUCCAUGCUUCAGUCCCAGCAGGAAAUUAUUGAAAAUUUGAAGCCGUUUCUUCCAUCUGAUGUACAGAAUAAACUACAUACACUAAUCCCUUGCAAGAAAUUUGAUCUCAGCUAUGACUUAAAUUGCCACAAGUUAUGUUCAGAUUUUCAAGAAGACAUUGUAUUUCGUUUUUCCAUGGGCUGGUCCUCUCUUGUCUAUCGUUUCUUGGGGCCUACAAAUGCUCAGCGGGUGCUUCUAAGAUUGUCAGAGUCCAUCUUCCAGCCCCCUAGAUCUUUAGCUUCUACUCCUACUGCUUCUGCCAAUCCAGCAGUGCCAGGAGCUGCAUCACAGGAGGAACUUAUGGUUGCCUCAAUAACAGCAUUAGCUUCUCUUACAUCUAGGACUUCUAUGGGCAUCAUUAUUGUUGGAGGAAUGAUUUGGAAAACUGUAGGCUGGAAGCCCAUAUCUGUUUUGUUAAGUGUGUAUGGAGCUUUGUAUCUUUAUGAGCGACUGACCUGGACCACUCGUGCCAAGGAGCAAGUCUUCAAACAGCAAUUUGUGAACUAUGCAGCUGAAAAACUGCAGAUGAUUGUAAGCUUCACUAGUGCAAACUGCAGCCAUCAAGUACAACAGGAAAUGGCAACCACUUUUGCUCGCCUGUGCCAACAGGUUGAUAUUACUCAAAGACAUCUGGAAGAGGAAAUUGUGAGAUUAUCCAAAGAAAUAGAUCAGCUGGAGAAAAUACAAAAUAAUUCAAAGCUGUUAAGAAAUAAAGCUGUUCAACUUGAAAAUGAGCUGGAGAAUUUUGCUAAGCAGUUUCUACAUUCAAGCAGUGAAGAAUCUUAA